ACAACCGUUCGUGAUCCCUCCGCGCGGGGAGCCAAAGAGUCCCCCCUCCCCGUGAAGCCCUGCCGCCGUCCUGAGAGCAGGACCGCACAGGACGGGCUCUGGCGAGCCGCUCUCCUUCCGUGCACCUUUGGCCGUCGUGCUUGGUGGGCGCAAGGGGUGUCUGUAAUUACAGGAGAGCAAAGGCUGACUGAAUGUUUCUUAAAAUAAAUCGCUAACGAUGCAGAGACAAUCUAAGACUCUAAAUGCUUCCCUGGAAGUUAAAGAAAAUGAGACUAAAUACACUGAAGAGAAGGAAGAAGCCUCCCUCCCUGAUCUCUCAAAAGACCAGAAGGUUUGCAAAGUGACUAAAUCAAAAGCCGUAAGGGCAUCCGAGAAGGAGAAUUUAAAUGAUAGGAACCAGGCACAGUUGCAAAAAUGCACCCUGAAAUACACCAAAGGCUUGGAGAAGGAAUCAUACCAGAAGAAGGAGGAUGUUGUUAGCUGUCAGUUUGCUGAAUGCUUUUCUGAUAUGCAAAAAGGGGAUAUGGUUGGUGAACAUAUUUUGCUUUUGAACAGUAAGGAAAAAUUUUCAAGUAGACCUGUUUCUUUGGAGGAUGAAUGCUACUUGACACCUAAUAGGGACAAAGCAGAAGAAGAAUCUGGUUGUGGAGUAUCAGAGAAACAAUGGAAAAAACCUGUUGAUUUUGCAACUGUAACGGUUGCUGACUUUGGAAUUACUCAAGAAAGUUUUACUAAACGAUCCAUAGGGAAGUCUCCAACGUCAUUAAAAUUUAGAAGAAGAUCAGCAAUUGGAGCACGGGGAUCACCAGAACAUAACACUCUUAUUCAAUACCUUGCUCAACAGAGGAGCAACAGGCAAAAAGAAGCUUUUACACAGCAGGUUAGUCCUUUUAAACCUGAAAACGUCAGGUCAUUGAAGGACAAGAUAGAUGCCUUUCAGACAUCGUUUAAAUUAGUACAAGAAGCUGAAGAGGAGACUGGCUUCUCCGGACUGGCACAAGUGGAUAAUGCUUCCCAGGAAGCAGGCUCUUCUCAGAACAAAGUACCAUUUACAAAAGUGUGGAACCUGGAUCAGUGCAGUGAAAAGUUCAUGUCAGACAGCAGUGGAGCUGAUUUGAAAGAAAAUGUAGAACAAAAUUUGACCGACAGCAUUAAGUCUGAUAUCAAGAUCUGCACCAUCUUGUCUUCACGCCAAGAUGUGACUGUCACUGAACCUGCUGCUGCGGCUUCAAAGGAAUGGGUUUAUGAGCAACAUAAUCCUACUAAGUGGUUAGAGACUGCUCAGAUUAGAGAUAUCUUGGAAACAGGUCACGCUUUCAGCUUUGACCACAUCACUAAAGACGUUAGAAGUGAUGUCGUAUCAGAUCUAAGCAGAAAAAAAGUUAGUUUUGCAGAGGAAGUGAGCCUGGAAAUAUUUGAUGAAAGCAAGCCACCAGUCACACCAGUACGAACAACGGGAAAUGUUUCAUUAAAUGAACAUACACAGAGCGGCUCCCAGCUGCGAUCUGCAUUGAAGAAAACGCCUAUGAAACAACUAAUGGAUAAAACGAAGGAAUACUCGAAUGAUGCAGUUGACAGAGGAGGAGGUGAAUCUCUCGCAGUCUCCAAUUGUGCAAAAAUCUUUGAAGCAUUGCAAACAGAGAAAACUGAAGGACAUAGUUCUGAAAAGCCAAAGAAGAAAAAAGUUACUUUUGGAGAAGCUCUAAGCCCAGAAAUAUUUGAUGAAACUUUGCCUGCAAAUACUCCAUUGCGCAAAGGAGCAAUGCCCAUCCGUCAUCCAGCAUUACAAAGUAACAGCCCUUCUGUAAGGUCAAGUCUCAUUGGAGAACCAUUACCCCAGCUGAACUUUGACUGCGAUGAUGAAUGUGUUGAGCCUCUUCAAAAGUUAGCGGAGGGAUCUGUUGCUGCGAAAUACCUCUUACCUGCUGAAAAUGCAGAAGCAGAAACUGACAGAUCCGAUAUGGUAACAACUCGUUCUUCUACUAAAAGGAAGUGUAGCACCAUUUCAGAGGGAACUGAUUUUAGCAUUCCAAGACCUACAAAUAGUAAGAACACUAAAGAUACUAAAAAUCCAAGAAAGAACAAGUUUCAAAGUCAAAAGAAUACAAUGUCAUCUGCUGCCAAAAAGACACAAAAAACAAAACAGACAAGCUAUGGGAAAAGAAGAAAGAAAAAAGUAAAAAAAUCUUUAUAUGGGGAAAGAGAGAGGGCUUCUAAGAAACCAAUUCUCAGCCCUAUCGCUGAAAUUCCAGAGGUUUUCUCUUCUGCCUCAUCUCCGAAACCACCAAAGGAAAAUGCAUUUUUUUCAGAGGACCUACUUUUAGAUAAUGCCAAAUCUGGGAAUGCUUGCAAGGAUGUUCAACAAAAGCCAGUAGUUGAAGGAAUAAGUGGGAAAAACAUCUGUGCAGUUCAUAUGUAUGCAAGCUCGAAGGACCUGGACAUGGUAGAAGCCAGCAGCUCCAGCGAUACAGCGUUUCAGGUGUCAGAUGGUGAUCUGAAGUCUGUAUCUGGCAUUGAUCAUAAGCUUUCAAGCAUUGUGCCAGAUGCAAAGUGUGUUUUUGAUACACCUAACUAUUUCCAACAAGGUGAAGAGACUGCAUGUGUAAAAGAGGCAAAAGAAGGUGGUUUCUUGAUAGGACAUGAGAAACUACAAGGAAAUCUCCUAAAUGAGGCAGAGCGGCUAACCGGGCUAGAAUUUCUGGAACAACAAGACACUAGCGUACGUGAGGGUGGCCAAAGAACUCAGUCUACACAAAAAGAUUCUGUAAGAGGUAGUCCACAAAAAAGAAGAAGAAGAAGUAGUGCCAUCUCUUUUCCUCCUCUUGAAAAACUGGAAGUAACUGGAAACAGUCCUCCAGUUUUUUAUUUUAAUGUGGAAGAGGUCUUAUCAGCUCCUCAGCUGAAAAAUGACUCUUUAGAGCCUUUUAGAAGAAUGAGUGAUAACAGUGGCAAAAAAGUGAGGCGCAGCAUGAGAUUACAUAAAGAUGCAGAAAUUGAAGGACUUGCGUGGAUUGAAGUACCCAAUGAGAUUGAAAAGAACCCUCCUCUGCUAGCUUCUGCUUGCAAAAUCAGGAGAACCAUAAGCACAUCCAUCCUUACAGAAUCUGAGAAUAUUCACCACCGAGAACAAAAUCUCACCCAGCCUUUAGCACCAGGGAAGGAGAACUAUGACUCUGUUAAUCUUGCUAAUGAUCCUUGCAAAAGGUGGAGGAGGUCUGUAUUAACACCUCAAGAGACAAAAACUUGGUCUCAAACCCGGAAAAGAAGCAUAACAAACUCUGUAUAUAGGAAGGACAGAAGUAACCAGAAACACUAUGAAGAAGUAGAAAUACCUCUUGAAAAUAAGUCUAACAUUUAGUGAGGUUUCAGCUAUCUCCUGAUUUUCUAAAGCGAAGGUCAGUAUUAGAUUCUUAUGUUCUCUCUCUAAAGCGCUGCUUUCUUCUUCCUACUUUUAUUUCCUUACUUAUUAUUUCCUUACUCAUUUUCUGGAUAACUUAAAACUGAUUUUCCUUGUCUUGAUGCCUAAAAUGCUUGAAGGUCAGAAGUGCGUGGAAGACCUAGCUUGGCUCGGAGCAUUGGUCUGGUAGACAGUCAUGGCAGGUAAUCAAGAGGAUAAAUUUUUCUUCCUUGAACUGAAUUUAACAUCACCUCUCUAUUGUAGUCUACAUCCUUGCUUACAUGUUUUCAUACUUUUGUGCUGUCCAUAGAGCAAUAGCAAUUAAACACUGCUAAUAUUAUAAAAAAAAUGACAAAUGACUGACUUUUUCUGCAACACGACGUUUGGUCAUUACAAGAAGGCAAAGACUUUUUUCUCUGCUGGAAGGAUUUCUCCAAGGGAGCUAGUGAAUUUUGUUGCAAGAUUCAGAGUAAGACAAUACCUAAAAUUUAAAUAAUGUUUAUGCAUGCAUUUGUAUGCAUGUUAUCCCAGUCUGGGAUUUUCUUGUGUUUAGAUAAAUGCUUACAGUUGUGGUACCUGCACAGUAGUGUGUGAUUUUUGCCUUUCAAACUUAGUUGUGAUUGUUAGACUGGAUGUGUUUAGUAAACCAUCUUGAGACACUUUCUCUGCCCUCCAGUGCACAAUCAGCAUUCUCCAUUGUGAAAUGAGACAUGGCAGCAAAUGUGUGACUCUCAGCUGUUUUAAGUAAAGAAGAACAAAUUCGAUAGUUCAAAAAUAUGGUCUGUGGUGACAAGUUACUUCUUAGAUGAUUCUGAGUCGAUACUAAUCCAUAUUUUGCUGAUAGGGCUUUUUUUUUUUUUUUUUUUGAAAGAAUGGGAUUCAAGCUUAUGAGUUUGUUAUAUUUGUGAAGUUUAAUUGAAGUAAAUAAAAUGUGAAUUUGUCUUUAGUAGUUAAACCAUGAUGUUGUAAAGUAUGCCCUUUCAGCUAGAAUUGCAUGGAGUGUUGAUGUGUGCUUGAUCGUUCCUUGCAAAUUGUUUUCGAAAUCUGCAUGAAUUUUCUUCCAGAUUUCAAAAAUAUCCUAAAAAGCCCCUUGAAAUUCUAUGCGAAUAAGAAAGAAAUCACUUCUGGCUUGAAAGGGAGGAGUAGAAGGCAGGGAAGCUGUUACCAUCUUCUGAAAAGGCUUUGCUUUACCUUCGGGCACGAGCAGGGGUAGAGUUCCUAUAAGUAAGACUAAAUUUUGUGUUAGACAGAGUUAAUGAAUUCUGCUUCUUUGGUGUGAAGGUUGGUCUCUUUUUUUUUUUUUUUUUUAAAGUAAGCUUUUAAAUCUUGAUUGUAUAUAACAUUAAUUUUAAACAAUUAAAUUGGCUAAGGAAGGUGAAACAUUCAUCAUACAAUAAAGCUGUACUUUUUUUCUGGACACUUCCAAUCUUCAGUGUACACGUACUAAAUACAGUGCAUAUUAUUCAGUAGCUGACCUGUCAUCUUACUGUUUUCAUUUUUCUAGUUUGAACAAUGUAAUAAAAAGUGAUGUCUGUAGGUGGUCUACUUAAACAUUUGCUGUUGCUUUCAUUUUUCAUACUGUUCUCAUUCAGCUUUAGUGAAAUACCUGCGCCAGCUUGGAGGAAAUAGCUUUCUGUUGAAAAUGAUCUCUUCUGUGACCUUGUUUUUAACAUUAUUGAUGUGGAAUAA